ACACACAGCCACACGGCCUCGCCACACGCCGGACCAACACCACACACACGGCAACAACGCACCUAUCAUGACAGCCCCACACACCCCACACCUCCUGCUCCUUUUCGCCGCUCUGCUCCCCAACGCCCUCGCCUGCCAGCUCCCGCGCUCCCUCCCCGGACACAGCCUCCAGCUCCUCCGCACCAUGGCUCUCAACUCCACCCACACCUGCCAGCAACAACAGUCACCCUUCUUCCCCGACGCCCUCCGACACAACAACCGCUCCCAGCAAGACCAACACACCGCUCUCGCCAUCCUGCACAACCUCCUACACACCCUCAGCAGCAACCACAUCCCGCAACAAUGGGACAACCACGCACGACACCACCUCCUCAACAGCCUCCAUCAGCACACCCACCACCUCCAGCAAUGCCUCACACACAACACCACGCUCCUCCAAGGACAAGACGUCCGCAUCACCAGGUACUUCAGGCACAUCCACCGCUUCCUCAACGCCAACGACCACAGCGACUGCGCCUGGCAACACGUCUACCUCGAAGCUCGCCUCUGCUUCCAACACCUCCACAACAUCACCAGCAACACCAUCAAUUAGAACAACGACC